GUUGCUUCUACUCCAUUCAGUGCGAUCCUGUGGCGGCAACUUGUUUUUAGCAAAUCACACAGUAUUAGCGUUAGUUAGCGAUUACUAAAGCUCAUUUUAGCCAAAAACGUCAUCAAUCAACAUGAUUUUCAAAUGGAAGCUAUUUUCUCAACGGGAAUUGUCCUCACAGUCUUCUCCAGUAGCUGUUAAUGUUCUGUAACGUAUUAUUUUCCGCCGCCGCAGCAUGUUAGCAAACACCGAUCCUUGUGCAACGUAAAGUUUGGUAACGUCAGCGACGUUGCGCCUCUUUCUUGCUUUUAUUUCCUUCAAAUGUCACAGAAAGACGACUCUGAAAAUGACAUUUGGGAAUACAAACCUCUCGAGAAGAAAAAGAAGACACACGAAUCACCGUUAGUGAAAAGGAGCCGUGACGUCACCCUCCCAAGAACCUCCAGGGGCCACAAUCGUGUCCCGGUCAAGUCCCCUGAUGUGCAGGCGAAGACGGCUCAAAGUGGCCGUUGUAGAAACGCUCGCAGUUUCGGGUCCUGUGAUAUAGCCUCAAAGUCAUCUCCUGCCAGUGGCACGGUGCAAACAGACACUGCUGCAGAGGGACACUGUCCCACUGGAGACUUUUGUCCCAUGUGUCAGAUGCCCUUUUCCAUCCUGGUGGUACAGACUCAAAGAUGGCACGUUGCCGAAUGUCUUGACACGCCGAGAGACACAUGCAAAGAAUGCCCAAAUGGCCUCCGGUGUUUCUCGACCAUUCCAAACCAUUUUAAGAAAUUCAACCACACCCUGCUGGCCCAUAGUCGAGCAAACGGUGACACGUCCCCCCUCGGUCUGUCCCUGCAGGCAGAGACGAGCGGCCCGACGCGCCUCAGUUGUCACCGAGGAACGCUGAGCAGCGACGCGGAUGGAUCCGUUUCAGAGAGUUCGUCGGGUAGCACGCUCAGUCUUUCUGCCUCAUUGAAUCGUAGUGACUCUCCCCGCAGCGAACUGGUUGGAACACCUGCGUCUAAACUUACAAAUGGACUUCUGCUGCUGCGCUCACCCGGCCCAGAGGACUUUAAGAAAAAGAAAGGCUGGUCACCCUCCGCUAAAAGCCCCAAAUCCAUCAGUUCUUCGCAAGAAAGUAGAAGAGAGCUUUCAUCCACUCCUGUCGAGCCACGGCGGGGAGUAAAAGCUUGUGAAGGUCUACUCAAAAGUCAAUCUUCCCCUGAUAACAAUGAUGCAAUAUCAUAUUCUCCUCUUUCGGAAUUCCCUGCGGAGACCGAAGUCGGCGGCGGCGACUGUCGAAAAGCACUUUUUGAUAAAGAUACAUUUGAAAAAGGGGACGAAAACUCUGCGUUGUUGCUCGCCGACUUCAUAGAUCAUUUGGAAGGCAACAAAGCGCAGGUAAAGGAGCCUUUGUCCUGUAGCCCCCAGCUGUAUUCCGUUACCUCUUCGCCGCCCACUAAUCAGCCGGCUGCCUCUGCAGUUGCAAACAGAGUGGAUUCCAAAGGUGAAAAAGAAGCUCCUGGUAAAUGUACCAGUGCCAUAAGUCCGCGUAAAAGCAGCGUUCAGUCCCCUCAAAGUAUUGUUUUGGAGCGCCUGAGAGAAACGCUUUUAAGCUCAGAUAGCCCGCCUUUACAAAACGUGAUUGACAGCAGUAUUCCGGGGCCUUCGUCACAAGCCUCCACUGUCCAAAGAUCUCAACCCAUGCCGCCACAGAAGGGCCAGGUCAAGGCGGGUCAGGGCUCCUCAAGCCUGAAGCAGACCGACAUCGGGGUGUUUUUCGGCCUCAAACCCCUCAAGGCGAAGGAGAAAGUGGCUGAGAGUGGACCAGGUGAAGUCGACGCCGCCUCUGUUCCGGGACCUGGUGGAAAAGGGAAAGAAGGGCCCAGGAAACGUAGAGCCGGAGCCGACGCGUCCGCAGACGCCUCACAGGGAGCAGCGACAGGAAGUGACGGUCAUGCAGCGAACGCUCGGGGAGACGCGGAGAAACGUGGGACCAGAGGGUGGAGAGGAAGAAGAUGGAGCAGGGGGGGCGCCGGCGGAGACGGGGAGUCACCACGUUGUCCCUUCUAUAAGAAGAUUCCAGGCACAAAGUUUGCCAUAGAUGCCUUUCACUAUGGAGAGAUCCAGGGCAUCGCUGCCUACUUCCUCACACAUUUCCACUCCGACCACUACGGAGGUCUGACCAAGAAGUCCACACUUCCCAUCUACUGUAACAGAAUAACCGGAAACCUGGUGAAGAGCAAACUGAGGGUGGCAGAGCAGUACGUCCACGUCCUCCCCAUGAACACCAGGGUCACCGUCGAGGGAAUCGAGGUCGUCCUGCUGGAAGCCAACCAUUGUCCAGGAGCUGCCAUGCUGCUGUUCUUCCUGCCCGACGGGCAGACGGUCCUCCACACCGGAGACUUCCGAGCUGAUCCCUCAAUGGAGACCUGCCCGGAACUGCUCGGCUGCAGGGUGCAGACGCUCUACCUGGACACCACCUACUGCAGCCCCGAGUACGCCUUCCCCACGCAGCAGGAGGUCAUCAACUUUGCAGCCAACACGGCCUUCGAGCUGGUGACGCUCAACCCCCGUACGCUCGUGGUGUGUGGAUCCUACUCCGUGGGAAAGGAGAAGGUCUUUCUGGCCCUGGCGGAGGUCCUGGGGUCCAAAGUGUGUCUCUCUCGAGACAAAUACAACACCAUGUGCUGUCUGGAGUCGGAGCAAGUCAGGCAAAGUAUAACCACCGACUGGAAGGCCGCUCGGGUCCAUGUGCUUCCCAUGAUGCAUCUCUCCUUCAAAAAACUGCAGGACUACCUGGCACGCUUCUCAGCGCGAUAUGAUCAGCUGGUGGCCUUCAAGCCCACGGGUUGGACCUUCAGCCAACAGGUGGAGUCGGUGGGAGACAUUCAGCCUCAGAUCAGUGGCAGCAUCUCUAUCUAUGGCAUCCCGUACAGUGAGCACAGCAGCUUUCUGGAGAUGAAGCGUUUCGUCCAGUGGCUUCGGCCCCUGAAGAUCAUCCCCACGGUGAACAACGGCAGCUGGGACAGCAGGAAGGCCAUGGAGAAGUACUUCAGCGAGUGGCUCGCGGAAACUAAGACCAAACCGUAGCUCUUUUUCACCUAAACGGUGUUCACAGUUGAACCUGAAAUCGCUGCUCGUUUUGGUAAUGAGUAAUUUACAAUGACCAUGAGAAACAAAUAGGAUCCUUUUGAGUGUUUUACCCCCGAACGCUGAGCUCAUGACGCCAGUGUUUCAAUGUAGAAUGAAGGGUUGCAACCAAUUAGGUGAACAUGAACUGCAAUCAUGUUUAUGAAAAAAAAGAAAGGUUAAGUAUUUGGUUUGAUAAAGGUUCUGCUUCUGUUCACGAUGCGCUGAAUUAAAACGGCUAACAAUUCUGAAAGCUGUUUGAAUAUGUGGAACCACGAUCCGAGGUCGCACACGCGUCAUGCUGCAAUAAUGCUCCGGCUUACGUAUUAUUACACAUUACAAGGACUGAAUUAAAUGUGUUUACUGCCCCUGGUCCUGUGUUUGCUAACAAUAUGCUGGAUUGCUGCUAUACAAUUGUGCAAUUUGUACGGAAUUUUUUAUUCAACUGUAUUUUUUUUAUGCUGGAAAAUAAUAAGAAAUAAUAAAACACUUUUAUUCAGA